AUGUUCAAACUCGCUGUUGUUGUCUUUGCUCUCAUCGCCUGCGCUGCUGCCAAGCCUGGAGUUCUUCUGAGCCAGCCAUUGGCUUAUGCUGCUCCAGCUCCCGUUGUUGCUGCUCCUGCUCCAUAUGUGACUGCCACCAGCAGCCAAGUGAUUGCUCGCAACUACAAUGGAAUCGCAGCUGCUCCAGUGAUUGCUCCAGUUGCCACUCCGUUGGCUGCUCCAGUUGCUGCUCCGAUUGCUACUCCAUUCGCUGCUCCUCUGGUCGCAAAGUACGCUGCUGCUCCAUUAGCUUCUCCGCUGGCGUACCAUGCUGCUCCCUUGGCGUACUCUUCACCACUUUUGCUGUAAGAUGUUUUUUCACAGCAGGCAAAGACUGAUUUAAAGUUGAAUAAAAAACUCGACGACUGA